AUGGCGUCGACAUACGGCUUCCAAGCGUAUGCCACUGUCGCGAUCCUGUUGAUCGUUGCGAUCCGUUUCUUGACAUCUCAGCUUGGAGUCAGCGGACGCAAGUUGCGACUUCCUCCUGGACCCAGUUCACUCCCGAUUGUGGGCAAUCUGCUCCAACUGCCCGCGAUCUUUAAGGAGAGGACUUUCACAGAGUGGGCGCAGCAAUACGGGGAUGUCGUCUAUGUCCGAUUUCUUAGAACGCCAGUAAUCAUAUUGAACACGUUGGAGGCUGCUCAGGACCUUCUGGACAAGAGGAGCUCGAAGUACUCCGAUCGUCCUCAAAUCACCAUUGUUUCUGACAUGGCAGGAUGGGACAGUAGUCUCGUGGGAAUGCCCUACGGCGACCGUUUCCGCCGAUAUCGGAAGUGGAUGCACGACGCACUUGGCACAAAGGCUGGACUCAAGACCCUCGUUCCGACGCAGCAGAGAGAGGCGUACAACCUGAUAUCUGGACUUUGCGAGAAGCCCGAGGCUUUGCAGCUCCACAUCAACCGAUUCGCAGCAGGAUUGCUGGUAGAGAUGGGAUACGGGCACACUAUCACGACCAUCGACGAUGCAUACGUCCACCUCGCUGACCGAGCCAUGGGCGAGAUCGUCGAGGGCGGCUAUCCCGGCCUCAUGUUCGUCGACUUCAUUCCGAAGAAGUAUUUGAAACGUCUUCCCAUGUGGUUCCCGGGACCGGUGGGCUGGUUCCUUCGUAAAUCACGCCUGGUCGCCGCUGCGGCUCAGAUGAUGCUCGACACUCCGUUCGAAAUGGUCAAAAAAGCCAUGGCAGCAGGUACCGCCCGCCCUUCGCUGACAUCGUCUGUGCUUGCGGAGAUGCAGAGCCAAGGGAAGGUGACAGAACAGGACGAGAUCGACAUCAAGGGCGCUGCUGGAGUGCUCUAUGCAGCCGGUACAGAAACCACGGUUUCAACUCUGUCAUCGUUUUUCCUGGCGAUGGUGAUACAUCCGGAUAUCUACAGAAAGGCUCAGGAAGAGAUGGAUCGGGUCAUCGGACAUGGACGUCUGCCUGAGCUCGAUGACCGGGCGCAGCUGCCAUACCUCGGAUGUAUUUUGAAGGAGGUAUACCGAUGGGGAUGUCCAGCCCCUCUUGGAUUGGUGCACAGACUCAUGUCCGACGAUGAGUACCGCGGAUAUGACAUACCUGAGGGCUCGACAGUGCUCCCAAACAUCUGGGCUAUGACCAGAGACGAGCGUUGUUACCCGGAACCGGAAUCGUUCCGCCCAGAGCGCUUCUUGAAUACUAACGAGUCCGAGGUACCGGAUCCACGUAAUAUGGUCUUCGGGUUCGGACGGCGCAUCUGCCCUGGCCGCCUGAUGGCAGACGAUAGCUUGUGGCUUGCUAUGGCGAAUAUCGUAGCGACGCUGAAGAUCGAGAAGGUCGUAGGACCUGGUGGUGAGAAGAUCACGCCCAAGGCAGUUUGGACUUCUGGGUUCAUCAAUCAACCAAUCGACUUGAAAUGCGAUGUCCGCCCGAGGUCGCAGGAAAGCUUGGAUUUGAUUCAUCAGAUGAGCGCGCACAUCGUCAACUAG